AGGAGAAACCGAGACCCAGACUCACUGCUCCUAAGAUCCCGGAAGGGGAGAAAGUAGACUUCGAUGACAUCCAGAAGAAGCGCCAGAACAAGGACCUCAUGGAGCUGCAGGCUCUCAUCGACAGCCACUUUGAGGCUCGGAAGAAGGAAGAGGAGGAGCUGAUCGCUCUCAAGGAGAGAAUCGAGAAGCGGCGUGCGGAGCGAGCCGAGCAGCAGAGGAUCCGGGCCGAGAAGGAGCGGGAGCGCCAGAACCGGCUGGCGGAAGAGAAAGCCCGGAGGGAGGAGGAGGACGCCAAGAGGAGAGCGGAGGACGACCUGAAGAAGAAGAAGGCCCUGUCCUCCAUGGGCGCCAACUACAGCAGCUACCUGGCCAAGGCCGACCAGAAGAGAGGCAAGAAGCAGACGGCCCGGGAGAUGAAGAAGAAGGUUCUGGCAGAGAGGCGCAAGCCGCUCAACAUCGACCAUCUCAGCGAAGAUAAGCUGAGGGACAAGGCCAAGGAACUCUGGGACACCCUCUACCAACUGGAGAUCGACAAGUUCGAGUUUGGCGAGAAGCUGAAGCGCCAGAAAUAUGACAUCACCAACCUCAGGAGCCGCAUCGAUCAGGCCCAGAAGCAUAGCAAGAAGGCCGGAGCCCAGCCCAAGGGCAAGGUCGGAGGGCGCUGGAAGUGAAGCAGCCAGGGAAGCUUCCGGAGGCAGAGACCCUCGGCCCGUGCAGCCCACGCAGCCGCGCCCGGCCCCCAGACCCACCCCCGGGCACCCCCCACGUCUCUGUCCUUGCUG